AUGAGUCUCAUGGGCACCUUACCCUCACAAGUGGGGAAUUUGUCCUCCCUUGUAGAACUUGACCUUCAUAGUAACCACUUUCAUGGUGAGCUACCAAAGGAGUUGCUGCAGUUACACAAGUCAAAAAUCCUCAACUUGAGCUAUAAUGAAUUUGAUGGGAAAAUUCCAGAUUGGAUUGGAGGUUUAUUUUCUCUUCAGCACUUGAUUUUUUUUAAUAGUAGUUUUGAAGUUGUUAUUCCUCCAAGUGUGUCGAAUAUGUCAAAGUUAGAGACCUUGGGUUGGAAUAAUAAUUUCAUCCAUGGAUCUAUUCCACUUGAGAUUGGAAGGCUUCAGCAUUUAAAGAUUUUAUGUAUAGCAAGGAACAAUCUUUCAGGAAACAUACCUCCAACUAUUUCUGACUUAUCCUCACUUGAAUUGAUGUCUUUGUCAUUCAACUCCUUAAAAGGAGAUAUUCCCAGAACAAUUGGUACACUCACAAACCUAAAAAUUCUAAUCCUAGGUGCUAACAAAUUGUCUGUCCAAAUACCAAGAAGUAUUGGAAACUUGACUGUGCUUCAGGAAUUAUAUCUUUCUGAAAAUAACUUAGAAGUGGUUGACUGUAGUUCUCGUAAUGGGAGGGAACAUUUUAGCGAUUUGGUCAUCAAUCAGAGAUUGAAGGUAUCUCGUCUUUUGCCUCUGCUUUUCUUGCAUUUGGUUGUCGAUGGAACCAAGGUCGUCUUUGCCAAUUUUUGUUUUGUGGAGGAGGUGAUGACAAUAGGAAGAAGUCAUUAUGAUGCCAUAAGUUUUCGUGGAGUGAGCUCCUUGCUAUGA